AUGGCUGACGACUCGGAGGACUUAAACAAAGCAACGCCUCUAGCCGAGGAGCGGCGUCACGUCUACCAGAAGGAAAAGGGCAGAGAAACCAAUCCAGAGGAGCCUUUCACACAUUUCACUCCUUUCCAGCUCAGGAAACUUCAGCUCUUGGUCGGCUUGGCAACAACUACGUCGUCACUCACCGCGACGAUGUAUCUGCCACUGCUCCCACUCCUACGCACGCAUUUCCGUACUUCUGCCCAAGCGGUCAACCUCACCUUGACCAUUUACGUUGUAUUCCAAGCCAUAUCACCAGUGAUAUUCGGUCCACUUUCCGACACUUACGGCCGAAGACCAAUAUUUCUCCUGGUUCUUGCUACCUAUGCCGUGAGCAACAUAGGGCUGGCCGUGAACGAGCGUAGUUUCGCUGCGCUCGCAACCUUGCGAGCACUACAGAGUCUCGGCGCAAGUGCCACGUAUGCCAUUGCCUUUGGCGUGGUAGCGGAUGUCUGCCUGCCUAGUGAUAGGGGCCGAAUGUUGGGGCCCAUCGGCAUGGCUCUCAACCUGGGCACUUGCAUUGGCCCCGUAAUUGGAGGUUGUGUAGCAUACUUCAGCGGGAGUUACAACUGGGCCUUCUGGGCGCUGGUUAUUGCAGCUAUAAUCCUGCUUUCAUCUGUCGGCAUUUUCUUGCCUGAGACCGCAAGAUCACUUGUUGGGAACGGCUCGGAUCGAUCUCGAUUCAAAUGGUGGCAGAUCAGCUGGGUGUCUCUUACACAGGCGUCUGUCGGCAAAGAUGGUGUUACUCAAAACCACCAUGCUGAUGAGGCUACAAUUCCGGCAAGAUUAGCGACUCAGAAUGUGUUUGAAAAGGGAUUUCUGCACAAGUAUGGGCUUAUCAAUUUCUACAAUUGCUUCCGCAUUAUAUUUCAUAAAGACACGUUCUUGACACUCUGGGUACAUGGCUCGUUAUAUACCGUCGACUAUAGUUUUGUUGCAGCAGUACCCGAUAUAUACAAGUCCAUCUACGGCUGGAAUGAGUGGCAAACUGGGCUUGCAUAUUUACCCCGAGGGAUUGGUAUCAUUCUGGGAAGCUACUUCACCGGCAAGCUUCUUGACCAUAAUUACAGGGCGAUGUCACGCAAAAUCGGCAGGGCUGAGGCCGGAAAGGCAUCAAGUGGAGACUUACUCGAUUUCCCGAUCGAAAAAUCAAGAACCACAGGCAGCCUCAUUGGGCUUGCAGUAUCCACAGCGACCAUGGCCGGUUAUGGUUGGGCACUUCAUCAACAGACUCACCCGGCCGUGGUGCUUGUCUUGCAGUUUAUGCAGGGCUUCUGGGGCACCUUUUUUUACACCACCUACAGUGCCAUGCUGAUCGACUCCUUUCCUCAGAGCCCAAGCACCGCGGCCGCAACAACCAGCAUCGCAAGAUGCGCAAUGGCGGCAACUGGUGUGGCUGUUUUGCAACCAUUGAUGGAUGCUGCAGGGAGGGGAUGGUAUUUCACAGCGUUGGGGCUAUGGAGUGGUAUUUUCUGUGCAGCGGCCAUUCUUCUGCUACGUUGGAGGGGCAUGAAAUGGAGGAGGUCGAGAACUGGUGUCAUUGAUAGCUAG